AUGACGGAACUCGUGCCAUCCGAGGCGGUGCGCUUCGCCAACGGAGAACCCCUCUGCACGUACCAGGAGUGCUACCGGUGCUUUGACGGCCGUGACAUUCUUUUCCGCCUGGUGAACGUCGAGAAGAAUCAGUGGUUCUUCUACAACGACACCACUGACGUGCUUGUGCAUGUGCGAGCGGUGUUUCUCCCCGGUAGUGUCAUCCGACCGCUGCAGCGAGCAGAUAUGCGCGUAAUCCCUGGCCCCACUGGCGUAACAGACGAGACGUGCUCCAUCGAGGUGAUGCUGGACGUCGACCCCGGGUUCACGGAGUCGUUCAUCGAGGGAGAGCCCAAGGGCUUUCACCUAAACUUUCGCACAGAAACCGCGCCAGCAAAAGAUGUCGUCUUUGAGCACCACCGGCCGACCGUGCAAUACGACAAGAUCUACCGCUGCUUCAAGGAUGGCAACGGACUGCUGUUUCGCCUGGUGGACGAGCACGCACAUCGGUGGUUCUUCUGCAACGAUACUCGCGACAUGAUGAUGAAGGUGACCGUGACGUUUGCGAACCGCGCAGAGGUGCGCCCGCUGGAAUGCACAGUUCCUGGUCCGCCACCCCCCGCCAACGCCGCCCCGGAGAGCGUCGUCUACACCCUCCUUAUCGCGCCCGGGUGCACCGAGCCGUUCAUUGAGGGGAAUCCGGUGACGUACACGCUGGAGUUUUCUGCCGAGCCAGUAAAUACUUCGAUCACGCCCACCACAGAGGAGCCGGUGGAGUAUCUGUACGGCAGCCCCGACCGCGCCAUCAUUCCCCACCAGAUGCACGUGUUCAAGUGCUUCAAGGAGCACGGCAACGGGCUGCUGUUCCGUGUCGUUGAUGAUGUAAAUACAAUUUGGGCCUUCUACAACGACACGCCGGACUACGUGAUGACUGCGAAUAUGCGCUACCCGCAAACGAGCGACAUACGCCUUGCUCCGGGGGUGCAGGUGAUUACCGACAGCGAGCGCGAGGGCGGUGUCAUUGCAGCUGUCGAGGUGAUGCCCCUCGCCACAGUGCCGUUUCUCGUUGGUGUCCCGGAGCAAUACGAGUUGACUUUCACAGCCACCCCUGUUACCACUGUGACGCCAUCGCUGACCACCCAAGUGGAGCCGAAUCCCUCACCCCUCCCCGCCGACGCAACGGGCCCGGCUGCGGUGCCGCCCCCGGUGCUGCCGGUUCCCGAAGAGGCACCCGUCUACUGCCACCGCGGACCGGAUCUCGCCGUAAUGCCACACUUUGAUGAGGUCUACAAGUGCUUCAAGGACUACGGGAACGGGCUCGUAUUCCGCCUCGUGGACAGGACGCAACGCCGCUGGGCCUUCUACAACGAUACUUCUGACGUUGUCGCGUUGGUGAGGGUCGAGUUUCCUCCCGGCGCUUACAUUCAACCGUUGGGGCAUACAGUUCUGGGCCGCGAUCCAGAGACCGGUAGCGUCCUUUACGAGCUGCGCGUGAAUCCCCUCGAGACAGCGCUCUUUGUGGAAGGGGAGGUGGACAUCUUCGCCACAAAGUUUGUGGCGGAGCAAAUUCAGACAUGA